AUGAGAGCAUUAGUAACGUCGUCUGGGCAACGUCAUUAUCUUCUUCAACAAGUACUUGAUCGACCUGGGUUUUGGAGCCUGAUAUGCUACUUGGGUGCGAUCUACUAUGCUUCUUUCAUACUAGAUUAUAGGAAUGCUGAACACACGAGGAUUAGUGAACAUGCUCUCAUGCCGGGCCUUGUGGUCGAACGAUUCGAUAAAGAUGGAGCAGUUGUUGAAUACCUGCAAGGACUUCGGGAACAAAAAGAUCAUAAGCGGAGUUAUAUAUGUCAAGUGAUGAAACAGAACGGAAUGUCAUGUCAUACCCAACGAUGGUGGUCUGCAUUGAAAGUUACGAAUAUUUCGGGAACGAAUAUCUAUGCAGUGCUUCGUGCUCCUCGGGCCGUAGGAGUGGAGGCAAUAGUGUUCGCUGUUGAUCUCCAUCAAAGGGAGGCGGCUGCAAUGGUGAUGGCAUAUGCAGCGUUUGCAAGGCAACAAAUUUAUUGGGCUCGAGAUUUGUUCUUUGUGUUCGUCGACGGUGGUGCUCCUGGUAUAGAUGCGUGGCUGUCGGAGUAUCAUUUAGUGCGGCACAGUGCACUUCGUGCAGAUCGCCUUCCGGAGAUGGGUGGUGUCAUUAUCGGAGGUGUAGCCGUAAAAAGUCAUACUGGUAAUUCCUUGCCACAUCUCAAACUGGAAGUGAAUCAUUUGAAUGGACAACUCCCAAAUCUGGAUUUGCUCAAUUCUAUGGUCCGCAUAGCCGGAUCGGGUAAAUUCGCCAUUAGCCCGGUCAUUUAUGAUGCUCCUCAUCAAGAGCAGGAUGGCAAAGACUCGCACAUGCUGGUGCCGUUGCGUGCUAUGUACACUCAAGCGUUUAUCGCUGUCGUAGGACUACACAGCGUGAUGGGCAAGUAUGGUGUGCAGGCUAUCACGGUAGCAGUUCCUCCACUCAAUUUAUUUCCUCUACGUAAGUCGACUCGUCUUCUAGAAGCCAUAGCUCGGGCUCUGAAUAAUGUUUUGGAGCGGUUUCAUCAAAGCUAUUUCCUUUAUAUCCUAACGUCGCCCGACAACUUUGCUUCAAUAGCCUAUUUUAUGCCGAUCAUUGGAGGACUCUUGUUACCACUUGCGAUUUUUGCAUAUCGUGAUUGGACUAAUCUCUACGAACUUGUCUUCCCUCGCUCGUUACUUGUAAUGCAUGCUGUCGGCCUACUUUCGUGGUGGCUCUGCUCUACAUACUUUUCAUAUUACACGAACAAUCCUCGUGCAGAUGUCAUGUAUAUGGGAAUCAGCACGGUGAUCCCAUGGGGACUUCUGCUACCUUCGCCAGUGACAGAAAUACGAUCUUUGCGGUUCUUCCUUUUGUUAGAGUGUUGUUUGGCAACCGCAUCCGUUUCGCUAGUCAAUUUCUCCCUUGCUGUGUGUUUUGCAUUAGUAGCAGUGCCUUUGAUGAUAAAGUGCACAAUGGAUAAUGACUCCAAAUCACGAGCUCUUGUAAGGACCGCACUGGUUCUCGCUUGCCAUCCAGCAGGAAUCCUAGCGGUCUUCUUGUCCUAUGGUCGGCCUAUUUUGGGUUUCAGGAAAACUCCUGUUGCGAGUCAAGAUUUUCUCAUCAGCGCUCUACUACGACUAAUCAAAGAACACUUGGUGAAGAAUGUGCUGCAUGUCCUUUGA